AUGAUAUGCACCCUAGCUCACACGACCCCCAACCAGGACGCAACCAUGGAGGUCGAAACUCCUCAACAUACCAUGGAGAUGAUCAAGCAGGGCGAGAUCGAUGAAUCCCUGUACAGUCGGCAACUCUACGUGCUGGGUCAUGAAGCUAUGAAGCGGAUGGGCUCAUCAAAUGUCCUGGUUGUUGGCCUCAAGGGCUUGGGUGUGGAAAUCGCCAAAAAUAUUGCUCUCGCCGGUGUCAAAUCUCUGACUCUUUACGAUCCGGCUCCUGUUGCCAUCGCCGACCUUUCGUCCCAAUUCUUCCUCCAGCCGCAAGACGUUGGUAAGCCUCGCGCUGAGGUCACUGCGCCACGUGUUGCCGAGUUGAACUCCUAUGUUCCAGUGAAGGUUCAUGAAGGCAAGAAUUUGGUUGGAGAUUUAGAACAGCUGAAGCGCUAUCAAGCGAUCGUGCUCACCCAGACUCCACUGAAGGAGCAGCUGGCCAUUGCUGAUUUCUGUCACCAGAAUGGCAUCUACGUCACGAUAACGGAUACAUUCGGUCUGUUUGGCUAUAUCUUCAACGACUUUGGAAAGAAGUUCACAGUCGGCGACCCUACCGGUGAGGAGCCAGUUGGCGGCAUUGUCGCGGAUAUUGCGGAAGAUGGGCUUGUGUCUGCUUUGGACGAGACUCGACAUGGCUUGGAAGACGGUGACUUUGUCACCUUCACUGAGGUCAAGGGCAUGGAGCAAUUAAACAACAGUGCUCCUCGCAAGAUUACUGUCAAGGGCCCUUAUACGUUUUCGAUCGGUGAUGUCUCUGGACUCGGCUCCUACCAAGGUGGAGGUCUCUUCGCCCAGGUCAAGAUGCCCAAGUUUGUGGACUUCCAGCCCUUGUCUGAGCAGAUCAAGAAGCCUGAAAUCUUGAUCUCCGACUUCGCCAAAUUUGACCGACCUGCCCAACUUCACAUUGGCAUUCAGGCCCUGCAUAAGUUCGCAGAGGGUCACGACGCUCAACUUCCUCGUCCGCACAAUGACAGCGAUGCCCAGGAGGUUCUGAAGAUCGCCAAUGAGAUUGCGUCUAGUGGAGAAGAGAAAGUCGAACUGGAUGAGAAGAUCAUCAAGGAACUGAGCUACCAGGCCCGUGGUGAUCUUAACCCGUUGGCCGCUUUCUUCGGAGGAAUUGCUGCUCAGGAGGUGCUCAAGGCUGUUUCAGGAAAGUUCAUGCCCGUACAUCAGUGGAUGUACUUCGAUUCUCUAGAGUCUCUGCCAAGCUCAGUGACUCGAUCUGAAGGCACUUGCAAGCCUACUGGUACCCGCUACGACGGCCAAAUCGCAGUCUUCGGCAAGGAAUACCAGGAAAAGCUUUCCAAUGUUACUCAGUUCCUUGUCGGUGCGGGCGCCAUUGGUUGUGAAACUCUUAAGAACUGGGCGAUGAUGGGCCUGGGCACUGGACCCAAAGGCAAGAUCUUCGUCACGGACAUGGACCAGAUUGAGAAGAGCAACCUGAAUCGGCAAUUCCUCUUCCGGUCCAAGGAUGUCGGGCGACUCAAGAGCGAGUGUGCAUCUGCUGCAGUCCAGGCGAUGAACCCCGAUCUGAAUGAUAAGAUCGUUACUUUGCGUGACCGCGUUGGUGCGGAUACUGAACACAUCUUCAAUGAAGACUUCUGGAACGGUCUGGAUGGUGUGACCAAUGCUUUGGACAAUGUUGAUGCACGCACUUACGUCGAUCGUCGUUGCGUCUUCUUCCGCAAACCACUCCUUGAAAGUGGCACACUCGGCACCAAAGGAAACACUCAGGUGAUUCUGCCAUUUAUCACUGAGUCCUACUCCAGCUCCCAGGAUCCCCCCGAGAAAUCUUUCCCCAUGUGUACACUCAAGAGUUUCCCCAACCGCAUUGAGCAUACUAUCGCGUGGGCUCGCGAUCUCUUCCAGACCUACUUUGUCGGGCCCCCCGAGUCUGUCAACAUGUACCUCUCGCAGGCUGAUUACAUCGAUCAGACUUUGAAGCAAGCUGGGAAUGAGAAGCAGACAUUGCAGCACCUUCGCGACUUCCUUGUUACCGAGAAGCCGCUGACUUUCGAUGACUGCAUCAUUUGGGCUCGUCAGCAAUUCGAGGCUCAGUACAACAAUGCCAUCCAGCAACUCCUCUACAAUUUCCCCAAGGACUCCAAGACCUCCACCGGCCAGCCCUUCUGGUCGGGCCCCAAGCGUGCCCCUACCCCCUUGAAGUUUGACAGUUCUAACCCUACUCAUCUGGGCUUCGUCAUUGCCGGCGCAAACCUACACGCUUUCAACUACGGCAUCAAGAACCCCGGUGCUGAUAAGGAUUACUACCGCAAGGUUGUGGACGACAUGAUCAUCCCCGAGUUCACCCCUAGCUCAAACGUCAAGAUUCAGGCCGACGACAACGACCCCGAUCCUAAUGCCCAGCCCUCCGGUACCACCAAUGAUGACGAGGAGAUCCAGAGGCUCGUGUCCUCACUUCCCUCACCCAAGUCCCUCGCCGGCUUCCGCCUGCAGCCCGUGGAGUUCGAGAAGGAUGACGAUACCAACCACCACAUCGAUUUCAUUACUGCCGCCAGCAACUUGCGUGCGGACAAUUACGAGAUUCCCCAGGCUGACCGUCAUAAAACCAAGUUCAUUGCUGGCAAGAUCAUUCCCGCUAUCGCCACCGCGACGGCACUUGUGACCGGUCUUGUUGCUCUAGAGCUGUACAAGGUCGUUGACGGCAAGGACGAUAUUGAGCAAUACAAGAACGGCUUCAUUAACCUUGCUCUUCCCUUCAUCGGUUUCAGUGAGCCUAUUGCUAGCCCCAAGGGUACCUACCAGGGCAAGCAAGGCGAGGUGACUAUUGAUCGUCUCUGGGACCGCUUCGAGCUGGACGAUGUGCCAUUGCAGGCCUUCCUUGAUCACUUUGCCGAGCGAGGUCUUGACAUCACGAUGGUCAGCUCUGGCGUGAGCUUGUUGUACGCUAGCUUCUACCCUCCUUCGAAAGUGAAGGACCGCCUGCCUUUGCCUAUGAGCAAACUCGUGGAGCACGUCAGCAAAAAGCCCGUGCCCGAGCAUCAGCAGAAUAUUAUCUUUGAGGUGACUGCCGAAGAUCAAACCGAGGAGGAUGUCGAGAUUCCUUACGUGAUGGUCAAGCUGGGCAAAUAG